GUUAUCUGAUUAUAAUCAUUGCUUUUAUUGAGAUAAGUUUUAUUAAAAUUGAUAUUUUACUUUCUUACAGAAAAGAAUGUGUUUCUUGGCACAAAGAAUGGUAGAAAAUUUCGUCAAUGCCCCUUCUGCAAUUAUAUGACCUAUCAUGGUGGACAUUUAACCACUCAUCUACGAACUCAUACUGGAGAGAAACCAUAUUCAUGCGAAAUUUGUGGCAGACGUUUUUCACAAAAAAUUGGCAAGAUGCAACAUGAAGUGAUUCAUUUGAAUAAAGUUCCGAAGAUCAGAGUAUCAAAGGAAGAAUCGAAAAAAAUUUGUAUAUGUUCUUCAGAUGUAUUCUUCGUUGCUCGUGAACGGAAGUACAAGAUUCAUUGUUGCUCUUACUGCUGCUACACUACAUUUAAUACUACCCACCUUAAGAAUCAUGUUAGAACUCACACUGGAGAAAAACCAUAUGUUUGUGACUCUUGCGGCAAAAGUUUUGCAGAGAAGAGGAAUUUGAGAACUCAUGAAACCACUCACACAAAGAAACACUCAUAUUUGUGAGAUAGUUUCUGGCUCUUGGUGUAAAAUGUGUUGCAUAUAUAUAUAUUUUAAUAGUUAAUGUUGUAAGAUUUCCAAUUUUUCUUUUGUAUCAUUUUAUACAAUACUUGAUUAUAAUUUUUAAAAUAUUAAAUGCAAAUUUAUUUAUUUUCAUAAUUAUUCACUUAUAAGAAUUAACUGUUUGUGUUUACAGAGUUGUUCUGGAAAAAAACCCUAAUAAAUUUAUGUUCUUUAAACAAUAAAGUUUUUAUAUUAAUAAAUUUCUAUUACAAUCAUCAAAACUAUGUGUUUUUUAGAAAGUUGUUUCUAUCACUUGCUUGUCAUUGAAUAAUUCAAUUCAGUUUUCUGACAAAAUAAUGUUUGCUAUUGCAAUGUAUUCAUUCAUUAAAAAAUAUGAUUUUUAAUAUUAAAUCAAUGUUUUUUUUUCUUUAAAAUAUGCCAACUCUUGUUAAUUAAGAUAAUCAUUAAAUGUUACAAAUUCUGGAAAAUUCAUAUUUUAAGACAUUUGAAUGAUUUGACAUAAUGUUAAAACCUAAAUCAUAUGUUUUAUAAUUAUUAAUUAAACAUCUUAAUAAGUGUUAAGAAUAAUUAUCAUUGAUAAUGCACUUAGUUUGUUUCUAAUAAAUUAAUAUUCAAGAAAUUAUUGCUGUGGACUUAAUAAUUUAGACAUUACAUAAAACAAAGUGCCCAACUUUCUGAAAAGAAUCACUUUUUAUUUAAAGUUUUCUGAAUGUU